AUGGUGACGACGAAUUUAAAAGCAGAGACGAUGAAACUUAUGGAGAAGCGUAGCAGAAUAGAGGCGGAGAUGAAUGUCAUUGACCUCGUUGGAAACCUUCUAGAUCCCGAGGCAAAUCUUUUUCUAUUUUAUUUUUAUAUUGCAUUGUUCGGACAUUUGCAUGGUUUUUCGAGGUCGGACAUGGACAUCCCUGCUUCGAGGUCGCAAAUACAUUUGCCCCUUUAUUAUUCUCAACCACCAAGUAUGGCCCUUCCCUCCGAAAAUUCCAUGCCCCUACUCGCCUCGAGUUGCCAAAAUUCCAUUCGAAUGAGAACAUCGUGUCCAUAG